AUGUCUACCGAGAAGGAACCAAGCCCUACUCAAACAGAGGCAAUCGAAAAUGCCCCUCGCGUUCAAGAUCGUCACAGAGGGGCAGAAUUUGAAGCUCCUAUGCAGCAUGUCCAGGAGCUGAACGAGGCUGAACACAUCAACCUGAGCUGGAGGUCAUGGCUGGUUGUGUUUGUGACAUGUUUUGCCAUCAUGGCUCAGGUCUUUGUCGUUGUUGCCGCUGGCUCGGUUAUUGCAUUCAUCAUUCGAGAUCUAGGUGACGGUGCAAUUGCUGGUUGGAUCAUUCAGGGGCCCCUCCUGAUGCAAAGCGUCCUCUCUCCGAUUGUGGGACGGCUUAGCGACGUGGUAGAUCGAAAGUGGCUCGCUUCGAUCCCACCGCUGAUUGCUUUUGCCGGUGCGGUCAUUUCAGCCAAGGCGACCUCAAUGUCCAUGUUGAUCGGAGGUGGAAUUUUGAUCGGUGUGACGCUGAGCACAAUCUCUAUUGUCCAAGCCAUUCCAAGCGAAGUUCUACCUCUGAAAUACCGAGCCCUCGCAAAUGGGUUUGCUUUUAUGGGAGGUGCUAUUGGCGGCUUAAUUGGAGGUCUUGGUUCAGGUGGUGUCACGAAUGCCAGUCCGUCGGGCUGGCGGGAUAUCUUUUGGAUCCAGGCUGCUUUUCACAUGGCCACAUUCCUCGGUCUCGUUUUCUUUUAUCAUCCCCCACGACGUUCUGAUUACGGGAAAUUAUCUCUGAAGGAUGUCAUCUGGGCCUGCGACCCAAUAGGAUCUGUUCUGUUCAUCAUUGCCACAACAAUGCUCCUGCUAGCGCUGGAUUGGGCUGGCGGUGCGUAUUCCUGGUCAGAUGCCCAUGUCGCAGCUCCAUUGGGUAUUGGCUUUGCGUUUUUGGUAAUGUUCUGUGGAUAUGAGUGGAAAGGGCGAUCUGAUGGCCUUGUAGCACAUGUCUUCUUCAGAGGCUCGCCGAAUUUCGCGCUCUCAGUGUUCGCAUUCGCUGUCGAAGGCUGGCUCUUCUACAGCGCCGUGAACUCGGUUACUCCUCAAAUUGUGCUUAACCUUGGAUUUGAGAACAACGCUUGGAGCAUUUCUGUUCGACAAUUGUCUUACAACUUGGUCACACUGGUCGGAUCAAUACCAAUUACGCUGUACGCGACUAAGUAUAAGGAUUUGAAGUCGCCGUUAAUCGUGACGUUUUCGGUCUUCCUGGUUGUUACAAUUUGCUAUGCAGUGAUUACACCAAGCAUGGACAACGCGCAAAUUGGAUUCAACGUUCUUUCUGGCGUUGGUCAGUGUGGUCCAUUGACGCUGCUUGUAGCACUGGUUCAGUUCACUGCGCCACAUGCAUUUCUAUCAACCGCAACCGGACUCGGGUUCUCUGCUCGUGCGAUCGGUGGAGCUUUUGGCUCUGCAGUUUUGGAUGCAAUCAUCAACGGAAAACUCAAGUCGUACCCUACAGAGGUUGGGAACGCAGCGGUCGCGGCAGGCCUCCCAGAGUCAUCUGUUCCGGACUUAUUGGAGGCACUCGCCACUGGGGCUGGAUUUUCUGCUGUGCCAGGCUUGAACCCAGCAAUCGAAGCUAAAGUCUUCGAUGCAAGCCACUGGGCAUAUGCACAUGCAUACAGAUUGGCAUGGACAAGUGUUAUCCCAUUUGUAGUUCUGGCGUUGGUAGCAGUGUUCUUCUUGAAAGGGGUGAGAGAGUUGAUGACUGAAAAGGUAGAGGCAACAGUCGAGCAUGUUCCAGCGAAAGAGUCAGAGAAGGCAUAA